AUGACGACCAUAUGGAACCCAGAAAAAGUCCUCGGCUUGCAGCGCAUCUCCCACCAACAAGAAGGAUGGCGCUGUGCCGGCAUCCUACCGGCAGAGACGAGGAACACGGAGUCCUCAGAUUCAGCUCAAGAGGGGGAGGUCAACCCAAGUCCGGCACGGUGCAACCACCCGCUACGCCAAGCCGACAACAACACCAUCCGCCGUCUUCUCGCCGAGAUGUCCCACGAGAUGCCGGACCAGGUCGACUACAACAUGCUCCUCCACCUCGCUCGCGCAUGUCUCUGCACGGACGCGUCCCCGGAGCCUCAUAGGGGCAGGCACGAGGCCAGAGUCAUCUACGGGUGGACUGAGAUGAUGGGCAGGGAGGCGAGCCGAAUUAGGGAGAGCGUGCGGUCGAGCCUGGGCGAGUCAAGUCUGGGCAAAGGGGAUGCUACAACGUCGAACCCCGAACCCGAAGCCGGAUUAGAGACAAAAGCAGCCAUCCCCAGCCCGUCCUCACCACAGCUCGACCAUCCCUUGGCCCUGCCAGCGCGGCCCAGGCUCAAAUCGGUCACGGCGUUGACGAUAUCCCAGCGCCGGAGGAGCUCCCCGCCUAGCCUGACGACGCCGUCGACGCCAUCAUCAACGUCCACGCACCUGACCAUCUCGACGGCCCGCAACAGCGCCCACCACCCAUAUGCGCCGCCGUCCCCGCCCGAUAGUGCCACCUUCCCCCCUACCGGCACCGCCAGCCCAACGGCAUUCCCUUUCCCCCAGCUCCCACUCUACCAUCCUGUUCCCUUAUCACUCGCCGCUCUCAACUCCGGCUCGUACCACUCGCACCAGGAAGCGACAACCUCAACGGCGACGCCGGAAAACGAGACCCCACCGACGCCAUCCGCCAUGAACGCUUCUUUCACGGCAGCGGCAGCAGCAGCAGCAGCAGAUACGCUCGCGCCGUCAACGCCCCAGUACGCCACGGUGCCACCAGCAACCCUCGACCGGGUGCCUCCGCCGCUGGCCACGGCCACGACGAUAGCGACCGACACAAGCACCAUCAGCGCCGACAGCCUCAGGGGUGGGGAGCUGCGGUGCGCAAUCAUGUCGAUGCCGCCGCGGGUCGGCGGUGCAGACCGCAGCCUGCGGUCGCGGCCCCCGUCGCUGGGCGUGUACAGCCCUACGAGCCUGAGCAGCGCGCCCGACAUGGGCAGCAGGCGACAGCAACAACAGCGGCAGUUGUUUUUCCCGAGGCAUCACACGCAGUCGGUCCAGGAUGGCGGAGAGAGGAUGGGGAGUCGACAAGCCUCCUCUGCGGUCGUGGCGCCAACUGGCGCGUCUCGAGAUGAGGAUGCGGCGAUGCGGCGGGAGAUGCGGGGUUGUGCCUCUGAGAUUUCGGCCAUCAGGUCAGAGUUGGCCGCUAUGCGCGCCGAGAUGAUGCAGGCUUUGCAGCAGCAGCAGCAGCAGCAACACCAACGGGAGGCCAGCAACGAUGAGGAGCUCUGCCGCCCCCCGGGCGAGCAGACUUCGACGGCAGACAUCUCCGAGGCUCUGAGUCGCACAUUUGCGGCGAUCAUGGCGCUCCUGGUGGCCAGUUAUACAUGGAUUUUGUGGGUAGCUGCCCAUGCCCUCUGCUCGCUGAAGCUCAGCGGGGCUGGGGAACCUGCAGUUCGGUUCAAAGGUGUGCUAGCUUCCACCUUAUCGACCGUCAAGUCUUUCUUUGUAGCUUCCGGCCAUAUCAACCCAGAGACUGGGAGAAGGGGAGAGGGUUUCCAGCAAGGGCGAGCAUUACGAAGAAAAGCAUCGAUUGGCAAGAUGGUAUGA